GCUGAAAAGUAGCAAUCAAUUCACAGAUAAUAUCCAGAACGAUAAUACUUCAACGUCAAGGCCCUUGACUCCACAAAGACCACAAACACCUCAAAGUCCUCAAACACCUCAGAGGCCGCAAACUCCAAUACAGCAAUCAUUGCCAUCACAGCCACCAACUCCAACUAAUCAUUUGCCAUAUCUAUCACCAGCUGCCUUUACACCUCUUCUUCAUGCAUUGCUUCUUGAUCAAAACACUAGUAUCGCACAAGCAGCUCAAAAUGUUAUACAAUCUCUAGUUGAGAGAAUACUGGAAGAGCCAGAUGUUAACCCUAAAGAAAAGGAAUUACUUGAAAAAGAAACUUUGGAAGGUGUUGUUUUAGGAAUAGGUCGUCUUGAUCAAGAGAAAGCAAAGAGAGAGGAAUUAAAUGAAUGGGAAGCUGAAGGUGACGACACAAGCGUUGGUGCCGUUACUGGUAUCGAGGAAGAAGUUGAGCUAGGCCGAAUGACAAUGAUGUCGUUGAUAUCAUCUUUAGCACCGAUCGUUGGCUCAGAAAGAUGUAUCCGCUUAUUUGUACCUGAAUUAGAUAAAAUGAUGGAAGAACCAGUAUUCUAUGUACGGAAGGAAGCGGCCUUAGCGAUUGGAAGUUUAGCUAGUGUAUUACCUUUGGAUAUAAUAACUUCAAAAUUGUUACCUAUAUACGACCAUUUCUCGACCGAUCCUAUAUGGCACGUACGUCGCUCUUGUUGCUUAGUCCUACCAACAUUAUGUUCAAAGCUUCCUGAUGAAAUGAAGUCGGAUCGAGCUGUAAAAGGAAUUGAAUUAUUUGCUGGUGACGUUAGUCGUAGUGUACGUUCUGCGGCCGGUGAAAUUAUCGGUGAAUUGAUUGCUACUUUUCAGCCUGAUGGCAAAGUUCCUGAAAGUUUA